AUGUCCAAGCCCUCGGGCAUCGCUGGCGUCGCGGCGCACUCGCAGGUCGGCGACGGACAUGUCGGGACGAGCUCAAACGGCGGGGGAGGCGCCGACGGCCUGUUUGCCUGUGGCCUUGACUUGGGCUUUGGCGAGGACGAUGAGGAUGACCAGCUCACGCUGGUGCUCAAGGUGCGCCGCUGUCGCCGCGUCGGUAGCGAUGACGUUGACGACGAUACUGACUGGUAUGAGAUCGCCGCCGCGCGAUACCCUCGCGUGAGACGCGGUGCGGCUCUCGCUAUCGAAUGCAUCAUGUCCUUUGGGAUGCGUAGUAUACGAAUACGUCUCUUCGCCGAUGCCAAGUGUGUCUCUUUCACUGUGCUGGGAUUCCAACCAGAUGCCGGCGUAUACUCAGAUGGAGUGGCGUCGCAACACUCUCAGACAGAGCCGCGAUCGACGUCACCAAUCAAGCAGAACGAGAGAAAAAAACGGAUACGUUGUCAUCAAAGUUGGUCACUCAAGGAGUCAAGGCCCCCCCCUCCUUCCCCUGGACUGCCCCCCUCGGCGCUCGCUGCGGACCUUGGCCCCGGCGCCGAGCGGGAGUGA